AUGAUGGACCUUUUCGAAUCCGGCUCCUACUUCUUCUACCUGGACGGCGACAAUGGGGCCCUGCAGAGCUUGGACAUGGCCGAGGGGUCGCCGCUCUACCCGGGCAGCGACAGCACCCUGUCGCCCUCGUCGUGCCAGGACCAGCUAGCCCCGGAGCCCUGCGGCGGCGGCGGCGGCGGCGGCGACAGCAGCGGUGAGGAGCAGCACGUGCUGGCGCCGCCGGGCUUCCAGCCGCUGCACUGCCCGGGCCAGUGCCUGAUCUGGGCCUGCAAGACGUGCAAGAAGAAAGCGGCGCCCACCGACCGGCGCAAGGCGGCCACGCUGCGCGAGAGGAGGCGCCUCAAGAAGAUCAACGAGGCCUUCGAGGCCCUCAAGAGGCGGACGGUGGCCAACCCCAACCAGCGGCUGCCCAAGGUGGAGAUCCUGCGCAGCGCCAUCAGCUACAUCGAGAGGCUGCAGGAGCUGCUCCAGCGCCUCGACCAGCAGGAGAAAGGCCAGGAGCUGCUCCUGCCCGCCGGCGAGGGAAGCGCCGCGGACAACCGCGCCUUCGGCUUCGGCAGCCCCACGCGCGGAAACAUGGCCACCACCGACUACUUGAACACCUGCAGCUCCGUCUGGCCGAGCGGUUCUAACCAUUCCCGGACGUUGCCGAUCAGCGCCAAGGAAGGAGGGACUCUCACGGAUUCUUCAGCCUCAAGCAGCCUGCGCUGCCUCUCCUCUAUCGUGAAUAGUAUCUCUUCCGAAGAUCGCAAAGUACCCAACGGGGAAGAAGUGGUGGAAAAGUAGUGAUCCGGGAGCAUUUUUGAAAACGGGCAGCGCAAGGAACUGCUUGAGUUCGCACUUGAAGCGAAACCCCGAAAUAAUUUAAUAUUUUGGAAAUUCUAGAGAGGAUAAGGAGGGCAGUACAGCUGAAUAAAUAAAUGUGCACCUUCUUCAGAGGAAGCUUUCCCCUUCCGAUAAAGGGUACCGUCCGUCCCUCUCUGAUUUAAAUUCUAUUUUUUAUUUAUCACCCAAUUGUUUUAUAAUUAAUAUAUUUGUGUUUGGAGAACAUCUUCAUUGAAACGCUCAUUCUUGUUUGAAAAGAAGCUUAUGAUCCUGAGAUCUUGGUUUGUGUGUAUGUGAGUGUGUACAUGUGCGUGCGUGUGUGUAUAUAUUUAUAUAAAAUUACAAGUAUAUAAUUUUAGUACUUUCCCUUUUUUUAACAGAAUAUAUAUUUAAAAUGUGGGAUGUGAUCUUGUAUAUAAGACAAUGUAGGUAACAUUCCCACGACUGUAAAAUAAAUCUCUUUCUGUACAAAGUCUGUCAAGAAUAUUUUCAUCUUUCUGUGGGAUUCAGUUAAAAACGGGAAGAAAAAGAAUAAAUGAACGAAAAAUCUGGAAAUUCCUCUUUCUCUCCCUUCUACCAAGAUUGCCAUCCAUUUUGCCCUUCAAAUGUUUCUGUUAUUACCGGUAGUAAUGAAUAAAAU